UAAGUUGUAAUUUGGCAGUGUGAGUAAUUUUCAUUUAGAUGAGAUGGGAGUUUGAAAUUUGGCGCUACCCAGUUGAGUAGAGCAUGCUCCGCUCCUUUUCCCGUGCUAUCACCAAAUCAGAGUUUGUUCUGAAAUCCAAUUCCAGGCUCAGCGGCGGCGGCACCAUAAUCAUUUCCCUAUUCUAUUCAGCAGUUGCUCAAAGUCAAAUCACAGUCACCGCCAUUACUACUACUCUCCUCCAAAAAUGCAAGUCUCUUCUCCAAGCCAAACUCAUCCACCAACAACUCCUUGUCCAAGGCCUCUACCACCAUUUCAAUACCCGCCUCAUUUCCGCUUACCUCACUCACAACGCCCCUUCCCAUUCCAUCUCCAUCCUCGAACGCUUGACCACUUCUGACUCUGUGGUCUUCUGCUGGAACACUCUUAUUCGACGCUCCCUUCGCCUCGGCUUUUCCCAUGACGUUCUUUCUCUCUUCCGCAGGAUGCUAAGGCUCGGCUGUGCACCUGAUCACUACACCUUCCCUUUUGUCCUUAAGGCCUGCGGCGAGCUUCCCUCCUUCCGCCGUGGAGCAGCUGUUCAUGCCGUAAUCUCUACCUCCGGUUUGGACUCAAAUGUCUUUGUCUGUAAUGCGCUGGUAUCAAUGUAUGCACGGUGCGGUGAGUUGGAUGACUCGCGAAAGAUGUUCGACGAAAUGCAUAAAAGAGGGAUAUUUGAUAUUGUCUCUUGGAAUUCCAUUGUGGCUGCUUAUACGCAAAGCAGGGAUGCAAAGAAUGCGGUGGAGUUGUUUCAAAGAAUGACUUAUGAUUCGGAAAUCCACCCAGAUGUCGUUAGCCUUGUCAAUGUGCUACCUGCCUGUGCAUCUCUGGGCGCGUCUUUACUUGGUAAGCAGUUGCAUGGUUUUGCAGUGAGGAGAGGUUUAUUUGUGGAUGUUUUUGUUGGUAAUGCUUUGAUGGAUAUGUAUGCAAAAUGUGGGAUCAUGGAUGAGGCGAAUAAGGUUUUCGAGAGGAUGAAGGUGAAGGAUGUUGUUUCUUGGAAUGCAAUGGUUACUGGGUAUUCUCAGGUUGGUAGGUUUGAGGAGGCUCUGGGUUUAUUUCAAAAGAUGAGGGAGGAGAAAAUUGAGUUGGAUGUUGUGACUUGGAGUGCUGUGAUUGCAGGCUAUGCCCAAAAGGGUUAUGGUUAUGAAGCGUUGGAUGUGUUCAGGCAAAUGCAACUUUGUGGUUCCAAACCUAAUGUUGUUACACUUGUGUCCCUCCUUUCAGGCUGUGCUUCGAUUGCAGCAUUGGUUCAAGGGAAGGAAACUCACUGUUAUGCCAUCAAAUGUGUUUUGAACUAUGAUUGGAAUGAUCCAGGAGAAGAUCUAAUGGUGAUUAAUGGUCUCAUUGACAUGUAUGCUAAGUGCAAAAGUACAAAUGUGGCUCGUUCCAUGUUUGAUUCAAUUGCACCAAGUCAUAGGAAUGUUGUGACUUGGACUGUCAUGAUUGGUGGAUAUGCGCAGCAUGGAGAGGCCAAUGAUGCACUGAAGCUUUUUUCUGAAAUGUUCCAAGAAGAUAAGUCUGUGAAGCCGAAUACUUUUACCAUAUGUUGUGCCUUGAUGGCUUGUGCUCAAUUGGCUGCACUAAGGUUUGGUACACAGAUUCAUGCUUACGUAUUACGCAAUCGAUAUGAAUUUGUGCCGUUGUUUAUGGAAAAUUGCCUCAUAGAUAUGUAUACCAAAUCUGGUGAUAUACAUGCUGCUAGAGUUGUGUUUGACAAUAUGCAGCUGAGAAAUUCAGUUUCUUGGACGUCCUUACUGACUGGGUAUGGCAUGCAUGGCUGUGGUGAAGAAGCUAUCAAGGUUUUUGAUGAUAUGAGAGCAGCAGGUUUUGUUCCUGAUGGUGUUACCUUUCUUGUUAUGCUCUAUGUCUGCAGCCAUUCAGGAAUGGUUGACCAGGGAAUCAGAUUCUUCAACAACAUGCAUAGUGAGUUCGGUGUCAUCCCUGCGUUGGAACAUUAUGCUUGCAUGGUUGAUCUCUUAGGCCGUGCUGGUCGAUUUGGUCAUGCUCUGAAACUUAUUCACCGCAUGCCCAUGGAGCCAACAACAAUAGUAUGGGUGGCAUUACUUAGUGGUUGUAGGAUCCAUGGAAAUGUGGAACUUGGGGAAUAUGCUGCGGACCAGCUUCGGGAAUUGGAUUCGGAGAAUGAUGGGUCAUAUACAUUGCUUUCAAACAUAUAUGCCAAUGCCAGGCGUUGGAGAGAUGUGGCCAGGAUCCGAUCUUUGAUGAAACAUUCAGGGGUCAAAAAGAGACCAGGUUGUAGUUGGGUCCAAGGAAAGAAAGGCACUGCAACCUUCUAUGUGGGUCACAGGUGUCAUCCACAAUUUGAACAAAUAUAUGAGCUUCUUGCUGACUUGAUUCAACGCAUUAAGGUAAUUGGGUAUGUUCCUGAGAGGGACUUUGCACUUCAUGACGUGGAUGACGAAGAGAAAGGCGAUCUUCUUUUUGAACAUAGUGAGAAGUUAGCUCUAGCCUAUGGCAUUUUAGUCUCAGCUCCUGGGGUGCCUAUCCGUAUCACAAAGAACUUGCGUGUCUGUGGUGAUUGCCAUAAUGCCUUUACUUACAUAUCCUUGAUCAUUGAUCAUGAAAUCAUAUUAAGGGACUCGAGUCGCUUCCAUCAUUUCAAGAGUGGAUCUUGCUCCUGCAGAGGCUACUGGUGAUACUGAAUUAUUGAUGGCAAAGGGGGUUAUGAAAUUUUGGCACUUGAAGAGGUCCUAGGAUGAUCUCACAAUCAUGAAGGAUUGAGUCUACUCUUCAUAUAGAGUGCUAAGGAUAGCUUGUUAUAUUUAGACUCAACUAACACAUAGUAACACUACUAAUAGGUAGAAUUCGUUAUCAAAUGGUUUUAAUGAAGGAAUACAGGAAAAAGAGAUUUCUAUAGCAACACAAAGCUUGUCCGACAAAGGGGCAGAAUUCAUUCUCAAAUGGUUUUAUUGUAGAAAUACAGGAAAAAGAAAUUUCUGAUUCAUGCUAAAACAGAAAGAAUUACUUAGUAGGGAUAUGGGGUGCUAUUAGGCGCAGGUAUUUCAGUUUGUUUCCGAUAAGCAGCUAUUUCUGCUUUGCGCUUCCAUCAUGUUCGAGGCUGGCUUAACAAGCCCAAUUGAUUCCGAUAAGCAGCUAUUCCUGCAUGUUAUAUUUUGAUUUGAAUAGAAGAUGUUCAACAUAUACGUUUCAGUUGUGAACAGAAAAGAGGGUAAGCUGCUAUUUUAAAUAUGUCGAACUAGUAACCAUGACGAUAUGCAACAAUGAGGUGGAUUGGGCAUGUCAGGAGGAAAAUUAAACUAAAUUAUCAGAGAUUGGCUUUAUUGUUGUCACAUCUACCAGGCCUCAGAGUUCUUUGUCAGGUGAGAUGUUUGCAAUGAGAGAGAAGCUGCAUAGAUGUUCAUGGUUGUUCCCAAAUCGAGGUUACUCAAGGAACAUGGCUUAAUUUUAAGAAGUUUUGUGUAGGCGAGUGGUUAAUCUCGUGCUUUAGCAAAAAGUUCAAAGGUACAAACCUGAGCUUGAACCAUAUUGUAAGUUCCUUAAAAGUUCUUAUCAAAAGGGGAAAUGCAAUAAGGAAGACUUUUUCAUUGUUGACUUAAAUU